AUGGCGCAGCAAUCGGCCCGCUACAUUAUUCACGCCGACCUGGACGCGUUCUACGCGGCAGUGGAACAGCUGGAUCGCCCUGAGCUCCGCGGCAAGCCCGUGCUCGUGGGAGGCAGACCCGAAGGCCGCGGCGUGGUGGCCACAGCAUCAUACGAGGCCCGCGAAUUUGGGGUGCACUCAGCAAUGCCCAUGGCAACUGCCAUCCGGCAAUGCCCCGACGGUAUAGUAGUUCGACCUCGUUUCGACCGUUACCGGGAAAUGUCGGGGCAGGUUAUGCACAUUUUUCGGUCAGUCACCCAUAUUGUUGAGCCUCUGUCGCUUGAUGAAGCAUUUCUCGACAUAACCGCAGUCGCCGCUGCCGGCGGUUCCCCUCUCGCCAUCGCUAUCGAUAUAAAAAAGCGAGUAUCCACGGAAACCGGCCUAAAGGUUUCCGUGGGAUUAAGCAGUAGCAAGUGCGUUUCCAAGAUCGCAUCCGACCUGCAAAAACCAGAUGGCCUUGUCGUUAUCCCGGCAGGGCAAGAAGCCGAAUUCUUGGCUCCGUUGCCCGUGGGCAAACUUUCCGGGAUUGGUCCAAAAUCCGUUGCGCGCAUUCACGCUGACGGAGUGAGAACCAUCGGCGACCUGGCGCAGAUGCCCGACAGUUGGUUCGCCCACCGAUUCGGAAAGCGCGGUCCAAGCAUCCGCGACCACUCCCGCGGUAUCGACCACGACCGCGUCCAACCGGUGCGCGAAAGAAAAUCAAUCAGCAGCGAGACCACUUUUCCCGAGGAUCUCAACGAUUCUAAGGACCUGUUCGCGGUUAUCCGACGAUUGUCUGAGCAUGUUGCCAGCGCGUUGACCGACAAAGGAUUACUCGGCAGGACGGUGACCGUGAAAAUGCGGCUCUCCGAUUUCACGACGUUUACCCGUCAGACCACGUUACCCAACCCCACCAGCGACGCCGCCACAAUAGAAUCUACAGCCCGAACCUUGCUGGAUCGGGAACUGGCGCCAGAACGGGCAUUCCGUCUGCUCGGAGUGGGAAUCUCCGGGUUCACCGACCACGGAGAAUCAAACCGGGAACGGCACGUGCCCGCUGAUUCUCCGCACACUGUUGGGACCCUGUCGACGCCCGAUUAUCAAUACCGUAUGCCGUUACUGUUCGAUGGUGGCCCGACGCAAACCGGAAUAUAG